AUGUCACAGCUGCAAGAGCUAUUCAACCGAGCCAUAGAGCCACUUCCAGCAAUCUCGGACACGAGUUUCGCAUCGCACUUUGACAGAUAUGCCGAUAAACAAGUAGUUCUUCUAGGCGACGGCAGCCAUGGCACGUCUGAAUUCUACCACGCACGGGCCGAGAUAACGAAAAGAUACAUAAAGGAACACGGCUUCACCAUGGUCGCCAUUGAAGCUGACUGGCCGGAUGCCGAGGCAAUUGACAGAUACGUGCGUCUGCGAGCAGGUCCCAAAGCGCAGAUCGGCGGUAAAGCGAAAGGGAUCGAGCCCUUCAAGCGAUACCCAACUUGGAUGUGGCGCAACCGCGAGAUGCAAGAUCUCGUAGAGUGGAUGCGAAAUUGGAACAAAGAUCUCCCCCAAGCCCUGCGCGUUGGAUUUUACGGACUGGAUUUAUAUAGUAUGGGCGCAUCGAUUCGAGCUGUGAUCGACUACCUUGACAGUGUGGACCCAGAAGCGGGCAAAGAAGCACGAAAACGAUAUGGGUGUCUUGCGCCAUGGGCGGAAGAUCCGACAGCAUAUGGACUGGCUUCGCUUCGUGGAUUGAAGGAUUGCGAGAGCGAGGUAUUGCUGAUCCUGCAUGACCUUCUGGAGAAACGAUUGCAAUAUAUCACGGAGAACUUUAAAGACGGCGAUGAAUAUCACAGUGGCGAACAGAAUGCUUAUCUUGUGCGUGAUGCGGAGAAAUACUACAAGGCUAUGUACUGGAGUGAGGCUAGCUCGUGGACCUUGAGAGAUACGCACAUGUUCGGCACUCUACAACGAAUCAUGCAACAUCGUCCACCGCCGGCAAACAAGGCUAUCGUGUGGGCUCAUAACUCGCACGUUGGCGAUGCUCGUUACACAAGCAUGGGAAUGCGUCGCGAUGAGCUCAACAUUGGCCAAUUGUGCAGAGAGGGAUUUGGUCGAGAGAACGUUGCUAUUCUUGGUUGUGGAACCCACACAGGAACUGUCGCUGCGGCCCAUGAAUGGGACGAGGAUAUGCAGAUCAUGGAUGUUCGGCCCUCGAGAGAAGAUAGCUGGGAGAUAAUUGCCCACGACACUGGCGUACCGAGCUUUCUUCUUGACCUUCGACGGGGCCAUCUUGACACUACUCUCCGCGCUGCUCUUGCUAGAGAGAACCGUCUCCAGCGAUUCAUCGGUGUUAUUUAUAGACCCGAGACUGAAAGGGCCUCUCAUUACUCCCAGGCAAUUAUUCAUAAGCAGUUUGAUGGAUAUGUUUGGUUUGAUCGGACAGAGGCCGUCAGGCCGUUGGAGGCUAUCCAGCCCAAAACAGCUCUUGGAAAAGAGGAAACGUAUCCUUUUGGAUAUUAG